AUGCUGUUGUUUACCCCAUUACAUUCUGAACACCCACACCCUGGGGUGAGGUACAGCAGCACCUCUCGUACUGCCCUCCUGCCAGCCAGCGAGGAGGGUGAGAAAGUCCUGAAGCUGCUGAGGAAAGCAUUCGACAGAAGACUCACCUUCACCAUUGGACGAUCUGUCACCCCAGGCCUCAACAACGUCAUCACCUGGAACGACAUUCACCACAAGACCAACAUGGAUGGUGGUCCUCAAUGUUUUGGGAUAUCCAGAUCCAGAGUAUUUGUUCAGGGUUCAAGAUGAGCUUCGUCUUACAGGAGUAACACAGGACGACUGAUGGGUGAAGACUAUCAAAAGAUCCUCAAAUAGAUUGAGUUUUUGUAUUGUUGCAAAGAUGACGAUUCCUUAAGCAGGAAUCGUCAUCAGAUGUUUUUACCCUAUGAAGUUACAUACAUGAAGCGAUAAUCUUGAGAGACAAAGGUUAGUGGCUUUUCCCAAAGAGAUAUCAGCUGUCAACUGACUAUGCAAAAAUACCUAACACAGUCUGCACAGAAUGUUAUCCAACAAAACAAAUAUUACACUGUACAUUAAGUUAGUAAAAGUGGUCUGAUAAUGGAGAAAAGGAGACAGAACAGGUGGUAAGAGUACUUAUCAUCUGGGAAAUGGAUAUGUAAAGUUCCCUAGGGAAAUAAGAGAUGAUGAUGGUGUAUAUGGCAUUGUCAUAUGUAAUGUUUUAUGUUUAAAGGACAAUGUGAUAUUCUAUAUUUCUCUUAUUGUCAACAAAUGAAAAGACCAAAACUAACAAUGAAUUUAUCCUACUAGCAUGUAUUGCCUGUGAAGCUAAAGCUGAAAUAAGAUGUGGCUUCUUCUUUGCAUAGACCACCAUUGUUGUUGUUUAAAACUUAACAAAAACAUGGGUGACAUUUUCCUUCAUUAUUAUGAACAUGGACACUGUAGUUUAAUUUAAUGAUCCCACAUACACAGUACUGCUGCAGUUAAUAUUCACUAACUCCCCAACAAUUGCCCUAUUUACGCCUGUUUAUUGACACUGAAUGUAUUGACAGGUGAACUUGUGGACUGUUGCUUUUGGUCCUUUCACAGGAUAUGUUUACAACAACCUAUAGAAUAUCACUGUCUUAUCAUGACAUUAGCCAAUUUAUUAGUUUCAAGUCCAGUCAUAUAUCUAUGAAACUCUUUUAGUCCAAAAACACCUUUGAUAUUUUUCAGUCCUGCCUUUUGCCUGUCUGGUCCACUAGAGGGUGAUGCUCUCUUCUAGGAAGACUUAGGAUGGUGUCUGCUUGGUAUGCAGCUGUAUCAUCAUCAUCACAAACCCACAGUCCUGCAGCACCUCCCAAACCUCAUCGGCCAAAGGCAUCUGCUAUAGAUGUUGAGUCAUGUGUUUCUAUGGUGCUCGGGGCAGUUUUAGCAGCAGCAUACUAACCGAAUAUGUUAAACUGAUCAAUACUGUUAAAGAUGAGUUGUGGUAGUAAAGAUAAAAUGAUUCAAUGCUCAUCUGUUGUUGAAUUGAAAAUGUAAUUGUGUAAAUGUAAAUGCGUAACAAGUGUCUUAGCCAUUACUAGCUCAAAUAAACCUGAAACAUAUUACAAACAAAA